ACGGACCUUCACGACAGAAUUCGUCUGAGGUUUGAAAGGCCGGGCGGGAUGCAGCGAUGGUGGCACAAUGGCUGAAGAUACUAGAACCACUAAAUUAAACUUUGAGUUCUGGCUGCAGAAGGCUCUUGAGUGGGGUCAGAUCACCACUUCAGAAUCUCAGCAAGAUGUCUGCCUUCACUUGCCUGAAUUACAGGAAUUUCUACUGCAGAUUUAUGGAGCUUUGAAACAUAUGAAUUGUGCUGCUGCAGUCCGAGAGUUUCCAUUAAUUGGUCAACUGUUGGGAAGACUUUGUUGGAAUCCAUUUGUCACUGGCUAUGAUGAAUGCCAGAAGAUUCUAAUGUGGUGCUUAUGCUGUCUGUACAGUGGUGAACCACAGAGCCCUGUGGAAUUGAAGGCCAACAGCUGGAUACAACGUACAUUGUGCCACCUGCUGUCAUUUUCUGGAUUGGGAAAUCAUGAUACUGAAGCAGUUAACAACUUUAUUUCUGCACUUGACUUCACAUCUGUGGAUUACUGCUCUAAACUUGUUGAAAAUGUGGUCUUAUCAUUAGUGACAGAACUCAGCCAAAAUCCAUUUAAUGGGUUUAACAGUCAACAAAGUACCUCCUCUCGAGUAACAUCUGUGUCCCUUCUCUGUGUGCCUCUUAUAACUUUACCUGAUGUAAUGCCGCUGCUUGAAGCCCUCCUUAGAUAUCAUGAAGAUGGAUCAGAGGAGGUCCUCCACUCUGAGUUUUUGGAGGCAGUGAAUGAAGCCAUAUUACAGAAGAAAAUAUCGUUGUCUGAAUCUGCUGUGCUGCAGUUGUGGCUCCGUCAUCUUCCUAGUCUGGAGAAAGCAGUAUUGCAGAAUAUUGAAAAUUUAAUCUGUAGUCAGCUAACUUCAGUGCAAGAGAUGGCAUGUCUGAUAAAACAGUCCUUAUUACACCAGGCUGCAUGUCAUCCAGUUAUCUUCAGAACUGCUGAUGAAAUUUUCAAGAAUGCCCUGCUGGAAACUGAUGGAGCAUCAGAAGUAAUGACUGUAAUGCAGGUGUUUACACAGUGCUUUGUUCAAGCCUACCACGAGAAUAAUAAGCAGCAUAAAUUUCCACUGAAGGCGUAUUUUCCUAAUAAUCCACACUCACUUGUGAUGGCUUUCCUUAAGCACCCCUCAGAUCUGCCAGCUGCUGGUUUAUAUCAGCAUUUGAACCACAUUGCUGAAAUACUCAAAGCGACAGUAGAAGCUGAGGAUAUCAGGUCUUGUAGUGACCUUUUUGAGAACUGGUUUUUGUUCCUUCAUUUUGGAGAAUGGGUCGAUGUUGCAGCAGAAGAGUUGCUGGUGUCACAAGCUGAAUCCUCAGAUGCCUUGCUUUGGCUUCUGGCAUUUUACUAUAAUCCUAGUGAUGAGAAUCAGCAGAGAACGCAAACAAUGGUGGAAGUGAGAUCUGUAUGUGACCAUCUGAGAAUUCUCUCAAGAAAGCCAGCUGUUUCUAUCACAGAUCUGCAGACUAUAGUUACUGGCAAAAUGAACAUAAGGCAGGAAGGCAUCAAACACCUGGUUAUGCAUCUGAUUAUUAGUUUUCUGCUCUUCAUUCCUGGUGGACACGCAAUAGCCAAAGAAUUUACUGUUCAUUUUGUAAUUGGGGGCCAUGAAAUCCCGGAAGUGAAAGCCCUUCUUAUCCGCCUUUCAAAUCGAGUUAGACAACUUGGAGUGAAAUACCAAAGGACUUUAAAAGUGGCAAAUGAUCUUCUCCAGAAACUAAACUGCGAGACUGAGUUUUCAUAUUGAUAUUCACUUUGACCCAGUAAUCAGACCAACUAAUCAGAACCAUUGAGUGGAAAGAAAGUAUUCAGCCUUUUUCCAUUUUGUCAAUUCUGAAAAAAGGUCUAUGCCUGGUUAUGACUGGGAUCAUGCAACACAAUAUGCUUGUCAGUUGGGGGUGACUCGCCAUGUUGCCCGAGCCUGGCUGCUUGGUUUGUUGGCCAUGCGCUGUCCCCGCUGGCUGUGCUGUACAAAUAAAUGGCAAGUGAUCCUUCUGAGCAUGUAACUGGAUUUUCUCAAGUCAUACACUGGUCAGGACCAGCUGUGGCUUAGAAGUGCCUUAUUCUUGUUAAUUCAGUCUUGGACGCUGCAUCCUAAGGCUGAAAACAAAACAUGAUUGUACUGAAGAAUUUUUCUUAUGGAUCUUAAAUGCUUGUAAAUCUAAAGUGUUCUCAGCACAUUGAUUGAAAUAAUCUUUUCCUCCUUUGCCUCCCUAGAGGAUGUUUUUAAAGUUCCAUGGCUUAUUGACAGGCUUCCCAUUGAAUAGAGUUGCUUGUUUCUGAUAUGCUGAUUUGUAGGGUUUAAGCCUCAUCACAAGCAAGUAAUUGUUCAUCAUUCGUUUUGAAGUAAAUGCCUGCAUCAGACCAGUUA